AUGAUCAUUAUAAAUAAAAGGCUAAAUUCAUAUAAAACGCUUCAAAUUAUAGGGAAGUCUAUAAUACUUUUUUUUUAUGUAACAUUCGUGAAGUCUGACUUACCUAUACAUGUUACAACGUCAGACGUUAUUGGAAGAUGGAAAUUUCAAUAUUCUAAACCUGCUGACAAUUGGAUUUAUGGCUGUGGAUCAAGUGUUCCAAAUAAAAAUACCCAAAAUUUACAGCCAAGCUUGGCGGAUUAUAAUAAAUGGCUUACUGAAAAAACAAAAGGUGAAUUGGAAGAAUUAGAUUUGAUAUUAACUGAUCUGCUAUUUUCGGAAAAUGACGAUAAUGAUCUUGAUAGCUCAUUAUUUCCAGGAAGAGAUGAUUGGGCAUUUUUGGCAGUUAAAGAUCCCGAAAAUGGAAAAAUUGUUGGAAGGUGGACAAUGGUCUAUGAUGAAGGGUUUGAGAUAACUACAAAACAUAUGACAAUUUUUGGAAUAAUGAAAUACAACUUAUUAAACAAUGGAAAUUGCAAUGCAAGAGAUGGUGAUAACGAAACAUCAAAGGGUGAAACAUUAUGUUACGAAACAGAUUCGUCGCAAAUUCAACUUGGAUGGUAUUAUAUAAAAGGUUCUAAAAAAAGAGGCUGUGUCAGUGGUAAAAAAAAUGAAAUUUAUGAUGAAAAUUCACUUGGAACUUUAAGAAAUAGGGUUGAAAUUCCAAUAAAGAAAUCUUUUGAGUCAAGUAUAAGAAAUUUAUCUAACUUGUUACAGGAAUUUGCGCAUAAGCAUAAUAGUAAAGAUUCAGAAAACUGGAGAGCAAGAAACAGUUUUAGCCUAACAGACGUGGCUUUUUCGCACCACUCAUAUUAUAUGAAUGCAGUAAACUUCAGGAAAAUACAUCCAUUUAGAAUCACAAACUCGCAACACUCGUCUUUCAUUGAAAUGUCUAAAGGUGGAAUAAGAAACAUUGGUGAUUACGAUAAUAUUGUAGAGCCGAUUUUUGCAUGCAACGUGAUCCGGAGAAAAACCGAUGAUGAGAUAAAACUCCCCUCUUCGUUUUCUACAGGAGAUCCCUUUUCCGAUGAUGAAUUUAGUGAUCUUCCAUUUAACCAAGGAAACUGUGGUUCAUGUUAUGCAGUUUCUUCUGUUUAUAUUUUGGCAAAGAGAGCAGAGCUACAGUUAAAAAAAUUAACGAAUGGAGCUUCUAAAGACGAAAAAAUAUCACUUUCUUCACAAUCAGUCCUUUCAUGUUCUCCUUUUAAUCAAGGAUGCGAAGGUGGUUAUCCAUUUUUGGUUGGGAGGCAAGCUGAGGAAAUAGGGAUAUCCUCAGAAAAGUGUAUGGGAUAUUAUGCAGAUUCAAAUCAGGAAUGCAACUUUUCGCCAUUUAUCACACCAGAAACUGAAGAUCGAUUAUAUUGCGAACAGGAUGAAAGAAUGUAUGCAAAGGAAUAUGGCUAUGUAGGCGGUUGCUAUGGUUGCUGCGACGAAGAUAAGAUGAAAAAAGAAAUAUUCAAAAACGGUCCAAUAGCAGUAGCAAUGCACAUAGAUACAUCACUAUUGGUAUAUGAUAAUGGAAUAUAUGACUCCAUUCCAGAUGACCAUACAAAAUAUUGUGACUUGCCAAAUAGGCAAUUAAAUGGGUGGGAAUAUACUAAUCAUGCUAUUUCUGUUGUAGGGUGGGGCGAAGAAAAUGGCAUUCCAUAUUGGAUUAUUCGAAACUCAUGGGGAGCAAACUGGGGAAAGAAAGGCUACGCAAAAAUUCGAAGAGGAAAAAAUAUUGGUGGAAUUGAAAAUCAAGCAGUAUUUAUCGAUCCAGAUUUUUCCAGAGGAAUGGGCCUCUCUCUUCUGAAUAAAUACCUAAAUAAUACAUCAUAUAGCAAAGAUUUACCUGAAAUAAAAAAUAGUUCUCAAGGAUCAGACGAGCUUCAUGUCGAAAUUGAAAAUGGCGAGAUUGAUGAAUAA